AUGGCUGGCCCAUCAGGAAUCGACACCAACGAGCUUCAAUCGGAGACUCGCUACCUCAUCCGCCAACCGCGCGCUCUGCAAUGGUUCGAGAACGGGAGGCUGGUAAAGCGUCGUGAUGAGGAACGACAAGCAGGCCGCUUUGAACUUUUCCUGGAUUUGCUUUACAUAGCAAUCCUAUCUAAUUUCGCCGAUACACUCACCGAAGACAUUUCUGGCGCAAAGCUCGCCAAGUACAUCCUAAUUCUAGCACCAUCAUGGCAUGUCUGGAGCGAUCUUCGCGAAGUGAUGAACUCCUUCUACAACGACGACCUGCUCCAGCGCGUCCUAAUCCUCUGGAUCAUGGCACUGAUGGUCGUAUACGGCAAUAAUGCCCCACUUGUCGACGAAGACAUCGGCGCAAUGCGUUCAGCAGUUGGGUCAUACAUGGCUGCCCGGCUCUCACUGACAUGCAUGCAUCUCUAUAAUUCCGUCGCAAGUUACCAGCACCGCCCGCAGCAGCGUCUCUGGGCAGUUCUAUCAGUAAUCACGCUAGCAGUGUACAUCCCGCUAUAUUUCGAAUCUGUCUCUAUCCGCGGAAAGAUCGCUGCUGCUGCUGUGGCCGUUGUGCUUGAGGAGAUUGCUUGGAUAUUUUGUUACUCGCCUGCUGCAAAGAAAAUGCUACGCGUUAAGUAUUCUACUGCUGUUGAUAUCCCACAUGAAGCAGAUCGGUUCGCAGCCUUCUAUAUUAUCGCGAUGGGUGAGUUUUUGUACUUAAUCAUUGUGGGAAGCCAUGCUGCUGUUGGCUUGAAUGAACGGUUGUUGAGGGCGGUUUGGACGUUGAUUAUUGCGUUUUGUUUGAAUUGGUUGUAUGUUCAUGCUGAUGGGUCUGUUGAUUCGGCUCAUCCUUUGAGACACAAUGUCUAUACGGCUUUUGCUUUUGCGGUGGUGCAUUUGCCGCUCAUUGCUAGUCUCCUGGCCGGUGGGCAUGUUGCUGCUGCUUCGGUUGCGGAGGAGGAGUUUGAAGAUGCCCAGCGGUGGUUGCUAUGUGGGGGCUUAGGGGUUGGCAUGCUUUGUUUGUAUGCAUUCGCGUUGCUGCAUGGGUCCAAGGAUGAGAAUGGAGCUUUAUGUGUCGAAAAGCCGGUCCGCUUGAUGAUGAGACCAAUUACCGGGAUUAUUGUCAUUUUGCUUCCUCUUGCUCACCACCUUGGAGCUACGUCCAUUCUUUCAAUCAUCAUGGCACUGUUCGUGCUUUGCACGGUUUGGGAGAGCGUCAGUUCCCUGAAAAGUGGGGCCCAUUUCUGGGAGCCUUGGACGGAGACAGAGUACCCAGACCAAUGCCACAGAGAUGAGGAGUCGAUGAAAAAUGGCAAGACUACCGCUGCUUAA